UAACCUCCCUGCAUGUUGCAAAUGCUUCAGAUGAAACACUGGAAGACCGGUUUUCUAUUUCAAGAUUACGCUGAGCAUGGAGACUCAGCUGGAGCACUCUUGGCUUAAAAUGUGAUCAACAGAGCAGCGCUGAGUUGUGGAGAGAAGCGAAAGCAGAUUAUUAAAGACAUUACAACAAUGGAUGCUUUGACAGAAGAUGUGGCACAGGCGGAUGUGGACACUGAGAUGAUGGCGUUGACACCUGAAGAUUUUACUGGACAAAACCUCGAGGCCAGUGAUGAAGUGGAGAACCUUCGAAACAGUUUACGUGAGGCCGUCCACGAUGACAACGUCCGGCCCAAGAUGCAGUGCCUGAUGAUGGACUCCUCCUUCUCCAUGGUAACUAUGCAAGGCGAGGACAGCGGCAUCGCAUGGGAGACGACCCCUAGUCGCUGCAGCACGCCAUGGGCAUCCGAAGCUGGAACUGUGGAUCUCAGCUCUAUGGUUGUCAUGCGGCCUGCAACACCUGGGUCUGUUCCAGCAGGGAAGAUUAUCUUUGUCAUGGACGAGGACCUGAUUUCAAGACGGAAGAAAACUAAAGAGAGGAAGAGAAAAGCAGACAGACAACGAGAAGUUGUAGAAAGUUCUGAGAACAUCUCAGGGAGGCCAGAGUUAGUCGAAGUCUCACAGCCAAAUGUGAAAACCGAAGAAGGAGAUGAAGAAGAGGCGAAUGAUCCAACGGUAGAUAAAGAGCAACUGCUAUUCAGGUUAGUGUCCGAGGGCUCUGAAAUACUCAACAUCGUUGUUCCUCCAAAACUGAUCACUGUAGAUGAAGAGGAGAGCAAAGCAAUGGUGGACAACCUUUCUUAUCUGGAGGAGAGCCUUGUUCCUAAAGCGAGUGAAGAGACUCACGAUAACGAGCUCUUCUUCACAGGAUCAGAUACAGAAAGUGGAGACCAGGUCAAGCCCUCAUCUUCCACAGGUACACAUAUAAUGGAUCCACCGGGGGCUCCAGUGGCCAGACCUCCGGUCAGAGGAGCUGCUGGCCAUGUGGACUACUUUGAGGCGUUCACCAUGAUUGAUGCUCAGGCUCCAGGAAGUCCUGCUGUGAUCACACAGGGACAGGUGGAGCAAGAGGCAGAGGCUGAGACUGAGAUCCUGGACGCUGAGAGACCUGUGGAGUCUGAAGACAACACCACCACAGCAACAUCUGUGGAUAAUGACAAGUCAGACACAAUUAGCCUCGAGGAAAUCACCAGCGAGCUUCUAGAUGAAGUCUUCUACGGCGGUACAGACAACUACCUCAUGAAGACUCUCAACAAAGACGACGAAUGUGGCGCGCACUUGAGGCUCCCUUCAAAACCGAGCGGUUCGACUUUGUUUGGAAGCCAAGAGGACAUCCUGACUCCAAUCUUUCUACCAGAAGGACCUGCCAAAAUGAUUGACCAAAUUUUGCUAGAGGAGCCCAAAGCCAUGGCCUUUCUUUACACAGACCUAUAUGAAGAAGCAAUCGGUAGUCGGGAAAAAGAAGAGGAUACAGAAAGUAUGGGGUCUGAAAAGUCUUUCCACAGCAGGCAAUCAGACCGAGAAGCCAGGGGAUAUUUAGAGAAAUAUGUCCUUAUAGAUGAGACUCCUGCGUUGGAAGUGGAGCCAGCUGAUAAAGAAAAAAGCCCAGAAGAAGGUGCCCGGGUGUUGUCCCAAGAUUUGUAUGAUUUUGAAGAUUUGCUGCUCGAGCCUGAAAAAGGUGAGAUGCCAAAUUCAGAGGAGGAAAUCACAGACUUCUUCAGAUCCAGUGCUAGUUCGUCUCCAUGUGAGGUAGAGACUUUCCCUCGAUCGCUCGAGGAUGAAACCCAAUCAACAACAAAAACUAAAGACAAGACGAACAAAAAAGUCUCCAUUAAGGUAGAAAAAGUAGCUAAAAUCCCAGUAGAUCCACUUAGCGUCUCAAGCUUCGAGUUUGUCUCUGAGGAACCUGACUGGGGAGGUACAGAUGAUCAUCUGGACGUCAGUAGAGAUGAGGAAUUGUGGAAACAAGAUUUGGAAAAGCAAAAGCCAGUUGCCCCUCCUAGGAGAAAAGCAACAUCCUCUCCAAAGGCAUGUCUCGACCUCACGCCCCUGACUCGAGUUGACGAUAUUAUGCAAGAAAAAGAAGAGGCUGGUGGAAAGGAACAGAGGGAGGAGGAGAAAGAGAAGGCAUCACCGGCAGAGACUGCUGACGAGGGUUUUGGUGACCUGGCUGCCCUCCCGGUCGAGGUUGGCGAGAGAAGACCGACGUGUUUACUUUGCCGUCGCCCUCAGAAGGUGUGUCUCUGUCCUUUUCUUCCACCACAACCCCUGGAGGUCUCCACAUGCCUGUACAUAGUGCAGCAUCCUGCAGAGGAGAGCAGAGUACUUCGCACGGUGCCAUUACUUGCUGCUUGUUUGCCACAAGGAAAAUGCAAUGUCAUAGUCGGAAGGAGAUUCAAUGAGGAAAAGCACCCAGAGCUGGCUGCGGUGUGUCGGGACAGCAGGACGCUGAUCCUGUACCCAGGCCCCAAAUCCCAGAACCUGGAGGAGUUGGUGCAAUACCAGGAUGUAGGCACAGUCAAACAUAAUGUGAUCAUCAUAGAUGGCACCUGGAGCCAGGCCAAAAACAUGUUCCUCAAAAACAGCCUGUUUCACCUGCCAAAACAGGUGCAGCUCAAUAGGACUCUUUCCAGUCAGUAUGUGAUCCGCACACAACCCUCCAACAUCUGUCUGUCCACGCUGGAAUGUGCUGCUAUCGCCCUGUCCAUCCUGGAGCAGAAUGAUGACAUCCAAGAGGUUCUGCUGAGGCCCCUGAAAGCCCUGUGCUCAUUCCAGCUGCAGCACGGUGCUCAGGUUCAUCAUAGCAAGGAGCAUCUACUGAAGAACGGCAUGUACGACAAACCUAUGCCCAAGAACAAGCGUAAGAUAAAGAGGAUGGAGAAACUCGUCACGGACCACAACGUGUGCCCAAGAUGAGGGAGUGACUGAGCAGAGAAGCACAACUCGUCUCUGAAUACACGGCUUGUACGCUGUACAGGACUGUUUCAUCAGAGCAGCAUGUAGCAGCAUCAGGAUGCAGACAUGGAAACCACUGGACCUUUUUAAUUUGUAUUAUUGGUAGUAAAUUUAAUUUAUAUAUUUGUCAUUAAUUUUGAGUAAAUUAAUGACAAAUUAUAGUUGUUGUUGUUUAAAUGUCAUGGUGUGACAAUAAAUCAGGUUUCAUUGUUUUAAAAGCAAUUUACACUGCUCCUCCCUGCAUUUUAUAAACACUAUGGUGGCUUUACACAUCUG